CCUAAAAAGUGGACCCUAUGUUAACAUCCAAAAUGAAGGAAUUGAGAGAAAAGAAAGAAAAAGAAAGCACAUUCGAAGAGGAGAGACCACACCUGGUAAGUAACCCUGCUACUGCACGCUUUCUGUCAGUAGAAACAACAACUUUUACCCAACACAUUCCCACGCUUUCCUUUCUUCUUCCUUUUCUCUAUUCACUCAUGGAACUCAUGCUCCUCUCUCCCGUGACUCCAAAACCCUUUCCCACCACAUCAAAAUCAAAUUCCCAUUCCACAUGAUUCCUCAUCACCACGCCGUCCAAUUCAACCGCCAUGCGAUCCCCUCAGCCCCUUCGCAACGGCGGCGAUAAUAACAACAACCACCGCUCCUCCUCACCUCGUUUCCACUCCACGGUGGCCGAACACAAACUACGCCGUUUCAACUCCCUCAUCCUCGUCUUCCGCCUCAUCUCCUUCUCCUUCUCACUCGCCUCCUCCGUCUUCAUGCUCACCAACACUCACGGCUCCGAUUCUCCUUACUGGUACCACUACGACACCUUCAGAUUCGUUCUCGCUGCGAACGCGAUUGUGGCGGUGUACUCGUUGUUCGAAAUGGUGGCGUCCGUUUGGGAAAUCUCCAGAGGCGCGACGGUGUUCCCUGAAGUACUUCAAGUCUGGUUCGAUUUCGGCCAUGACCAGGUGUUUGCGUACCUGCUGUUGGCGGCGAGCGCGGCGGGGACGGCGAUGGUGAGGACGUUGAAGGAGAUGGACACGUGUACGGCGAGCAAUGCGUUCUGCUUGCAAUCGGACAUAGCCGUAGCGUUGGGCUACGCGGGGUUCGUGUUUCUAGGGUUCACGUCGCUGCUGACGGGGUUCCGCGUCGUGUGUUUCAUAAUCAACGGUUCACGUUUUCAUCUCUGAGAGUAGCUUCGCGUGGAAACGACGUCGUUGGCAUGCAGGGACGAAUCUUUGAGUGUGAUUUGGAGUGACAUGGUUGAAAAGUUGACACAAGGAAUUCAAUUGUGUUUUCAAUUAGAAUAGAUUUUCAUUAAGAUUUAUUACUCAUUCACAACUCUCCCAAGAACACAGUUGUGUUUGGUUUUCUAAACUAAAUGUUUGCCUCAAUUGGAAAGGUUUCAUGAGGAUGAGGAGAUCAAUCAUGUGUGGGGAGAGUAGUAGUGAAGAGAAGUUGAUGACUUGGAUGGAUUCUGCUCAUUGGGCCAGGCAUGUAGAACAAGUCAAGAAGUGAAGCUAGCAUGGUGUGUGAACACCAAAAUCAAUGAGCAGAAUCCAAGUAGAUCAUUGAUUCUUAUCAAUCAUCAAUGUUUCUGCUACUUCCCGCACACAUCAUUGAUCUCUUCAUCUUACCCAUUAAUUACUCAGAAAUAUGUAUGAUGUAUUUUUAACUUAAUAAGUGCUUUAUCAUUAA